AUGGCCAAUAGUAAUUUGGCCAAUAUUACUAUUAGGACUCCAAUAGUUACUAUUGAUGCUUCAAUAGUUACUAUUAGGACUCCAAUAGUUACUAUUGAUGCUUCAAUAGUUACUAUUAGGACUCCAAUAGUUACUAUUGGAUCCAAUAUUAUUCAAACUAUUGGAGUCCUAAUAGUAACUAUUGAAGCAUCAAUAGUAACUACUGGAGUCUCAGUAGUAACUACUGGAACACCAAUAGUGGAUAUCACCGAACUCUGUCCAUCAGCCACUGUACUAGCGCAACAAUUGACUCAUGUAGAACUUGAAAGACUCUCUUAUAUCGGGCCCGAGGAAUUUGUGCAGGCUUUCGCCAAAGAGUCACCGCAUUUAGAAACAUCUUUUAAAGAUAUGAAGAAAACUCGGAAUCUUGAAUCGUACGUUCAAUGGUUUAAUAGACUGAGCUACUUCGUAGCAACGGAAGUUUGUAAGCAUGCAAAGAAAAAACAACGCGUUCGCGUAGUCGAAUACUGGAUUGAAACUGCUCGAGAAUGCUUUAACAUUGGCAAUUUUAAUUCUUUGAUGGCGAUUAUUGCUGGCCUCAAUAUGUCUCCGAUAUCUCGUUUGAAAAAAACAUGGUCAAAGAUACAAUCUGCCAAGUUUUCCAUUUUGGAGCAUCAAAUGGACCCAAGCAGCAAUUUUAGUAGCUAUCGUAGCACAUUGAAGGCUGCAAUGUGGCGUAGUACUGGCGCUACAGAUGAACGUCAGCGAAUCGUAGUGCCCUUUUUUAGUCUUCUCGUCAAGGACUUAUACUUCCUCAACGAGGGUUGUAGUAAUAAGUAA